UUCUGCUAUUUACACUCUUUGCCUCGUACUUUACUCAGUCUUGAGUUGACUGUGUUGUGGUAAAGAGUUACUUCAUCAUGGUUAAAAGAGUUUGUGUUGUAGGUGCUGGUCCAUCUGGGCUAGUCUCAAUUAAAUCGUGUCUUGAAAAUGGCUUACAACCAGUUUGUUAUGAGAUGACCAGUAAUAUAGGUGGGUUAUGGAACAACGAUGAACGCGUCGAAAAGGGUCUAUGUCCCAAGGCAUACAAACGAUUAACUACAAACAUUUGCAAAGAAGUUUCUGCAUACACUGAUUUCCCCAUGCCCAAGAACUGGCCGCCUUUCUUUAACUGGAAGCAAUACCUCGAAUACUUUCAUUCGUACACCUCGCAUUUUAAGCUACGUGAAUACAUUCAGUUUAACGUUAAAGUCAACUCUAUUACUGAAUCACCAAGUUAUGAUGAGACAGGGAGCUGGAUGGUCCACAUUGAGAAUCUGGUCACCGGGCAAACCUCAGUUACUGAGUUUGACGCAGUAAUGGUGGCCACUGGAUCUCAACGAAAGCCAAACUACCCCAGUUAUCCCGGAAUGAACGAUGUUUUUCAAGGACAAACAAUUCACGCUGGACAUUACGAAUCGGCAGAAGAUUUUAGAGGAAAAUCUGUCGUGGUCGUAGGGGGUGGCCCUUCUGGGUGUGACUUGGCUGUAGAUUGCUCGACUUUUAGUGAAAAUGUGUUUCUCAGCUCACGCUCUGGCUUUUACAUUAUACCACGGGUUUUAACUGGUGGGCUACCCCUGCUGAUGUCUUCACUCACCUCAAGGUUCCAAAUGAUGAUACAACGUUGGAUGCCGUCAUGGCUUGUUGGAAAAAUGUUUCUAAACAUGAUCGAAGAAAGAAUUAAUCAUACUGAACUUGGGGUCAAACCAAAACACAACGUAGAAAGUCUCCUACGUCGCAUUACAAUAACUGACGAGCUACCUCUGCUGAUAUACUCGGGACGAGUAAAGACCAGACCUGAUAUAGAAAAGUUUGGGAAAAACUCCGUUACUUUUGUUGAUGGUAGAACGUCUAAAGCGGACGUCGUUGUCUUAGGAACAGGCUACCGACCGAGUUACGAUUUCCUCUCGCCACGUAUCAUACCAGAAAAACUUGAAGACGUGAGGUUAUAUGAGUGGAUUUUUCCGUUUAAUCUCAAACACCCAUCCACGUUAAGUUUUAUUGGAUUAGUCUUAGAAGAUACGGGCGCUGCUAACUCUUCUGCUGACUUACAGAGUCGCUUUGUGGCUAAGGUACUUUCUGGUAAGAUGAAGUUAGACUCGGUAGAUCAAAUGAAAAGAGAUUGGAACAACGAACGUCAAGCAAUGCUUAGUGCUACUGGUGGUAUAUUUGUGCCUCGGGGACCUCUCAACGUUUACCAGGAGCAGUUAGCACGAAAGAUGGGGGUGUUGCCUUCAUUCCUCCGCCUAAUUUUCACCGAUCCUCGGCUGGCGUUCAAUUUUUACUUCGGUCCCAUUCUACCUUAUCAUUACAGGAUUGUAGGCGACAAUUCUAAACCAGAAUGUCGGGAAUAUGCACUGAAUGCAGUAAGCAACAUCUGGAACGGUUUAAGACAGUAACAAAACCGACCUCAAAUAAAUAGUAAAAUCAUAAAAAUCGACUUUUGAAC